AUGUCGGUAACGUUGUCGAAUUGCCUGUCCACACCCUCAGCACCAGCAACAGGAGUCCUCCAAGGAUCCGUCCUUAGUCCGCAUCUAUACUCCAUAUAUAUUAACAGCCUGCCUGGCGAACUUCGUGUAUGCGCCUCGAACCAUACCACUAAAGUUGGAGAGACAAGCGUAGCCAUCAACGCCUUACUGUUUGCCGACGAUGUCGCAUUAAUCGGCUCAGCAACCAAAGUGCAAGCAAUGCUAGACAUUGCCAGCGACCACUCACUUCGUCUUGGAUACCGUUGGAGUCCUUCCAAAUGCGCUGUACUCAACGCCGAUGGCAGUCAUAUCUCUCUCUAUGGAGAGACUUUGCCACAGGUGGAUGAAUUUGUAUACCAAGGUGUACCGUUCAUCAAACAAGGUAUGUCAACUGAGGCAUUGAUACGACACCGGUCUUCUGGUACCAUUCUGGCGAUGGCCGCCCUACAGGCAAUUGGCGCACGACCAUCUGGUUUUAGCGCGCUUCUUAGCUCAUACCUUUACCGCCGCCAGUUCAUACGGCCUAAAUUUGAGUAUGCCUUGGCGAUAUGUCGACUGACUGCCACUGACUCUAAAGCUCUCGAGGACCUGCAAAAUCGAUGUCCUCGCAUGAUGACCGGCGGACACCGCACUUCGUCAACCGUUACUCGAGGACCUGCCGCCGGACUGUCUACUAGUUCUCCUUCUACCACUUGCUCCAGCAUAUGGCAGACUCACCUUCCUCCGGAGAAACCCUCUCUACUGUACACUUCCUUCACCUUCACCACUGGACCUUAG